ACAGUCAAAAAGACAGUUCGUUUGUGGUCGGCUGCUUGUGGGAUGUGUGGACUGUUGACUGUUGUAUCAAUAAAAUAGUAAAUAGAAUAGAAACGAGAUAAGUUCAUUACUUUGUAAAAAUGUAUAGUGUAUUAUUUUAAGCACAGUCCUAACAUGUCGAAAGUAACGAUUAGUGGCAAAAUGUUUGUGUGUUUUAGUGUUUGUGUGCGAUGCUUUCUUGUGUGUUUAAUUUUAUUAGCUUCGACAAAGGACUGCGUCGAGUCUCAGGAACUAAGAAACCCAGCGCCGGAGUUUGCCAGACACUCGAUAGUGCGACCGAUACUGCAUCAUGCGAGAACCAAACGAGAGAUCACAACCACUAGACAUACGGAUGGCGUCCACCACCCAGCGGUGACGUUGACAGUGAAUAUAGACAAUGUGGACUACGUGCUGGACCUUCGGUUGAACGAGGAGUUAGUGGCUGGGGACCACGUGAUCAGUUACCAGAAGAAAGGAGAGACCGUCAUGCAUAGACCCAGCAAAGAGGAUUUGGACAUAUGCCAGUAUUCUGGCACCGUCCGGGGGCGGGAGGGGUCGUGGGCGGCGGUGUCGACGUGCCACGGGGUCAGCGGGGUUAUAUUCGAUGGCAGGACCAUGAAGUAUAUACAGCCGGCUGAAGACAACAGAAUCGACUCGAACCACUACGUGUACGACCAUUCGGACAUGGGCGCCAACUUCAAGUGCGGCUAUGUGGGCGGAGUGACGGCUAACAGGAGCUAUGACGCUGAGUUAAUGGAUAGAUAUGAGAGAGAGCGAACCUUACAGCUGAGUAGGGCUUCUAGGUAUAAACGCGAGGCCGAAGAGGUCCAAGUGCGCGGGCCGUUCAACGCCAACAAGCUGUCGCGGUACGUGGAGCUCGUGUUGGUGGCGGACCACCGGGAGUUUCGCGCCAACGGUGAGAGUAUCAGCCUCAUACACCAUCGGCUCAAGGACGUCGCUAAUAUUAUUAAUUCGGUGUACGCACCGUUGAAUAUAUUCAUAGCGCUAGUGGGUAUAGUGGUGUGGAGCGAGCGAGACGAGAUCACGUUAGAGGAGGACGGCGAUAAGACUCUAACCUCCUUCCUGCACUAUCGGAGGGAGCGGCUGGUUAGGGACAUCCCCAAUGACAAUGCGCAUCUGUUGACCCGGCAAAAAUUCAAAGACGGCGUCGUCGGCAAAGCGCUCAAAGGACCAAUCUGUACGUUCAACUUCUCCGGGGGCGUGGCCACCAACCACUCUGACGUCAUCGGCCUAGUCGCCAUCACGAUAGCGCACGAAAUGGGCCACAAUUUCGGUAUGGAGCACGACACAGAUGUGGACUGCGAGUGUCCAGAAGAGAAGUGUAUUAUGAGCCCGUCCAGUACUUCCGUGACGCCGUCGCAUUGGUCGUCUUGCAGUUUGCGCUCGCUCGCGUUGUCCUUUGAAAGAGGAAUGGAUUAUUGCUUGCGCAACAAACCGAAGCGGCUGUUCGACUCGCCGACGUGCGGCAACGGGUACGUGGAGGCGGGCGAGCAGUGCGACUGCGGGCUGAGCGCGGCGGCCGCGUGCGCCGCGUGCUGCGACCCGCGCACGUGCUCGCUGCGCCGCAACGCCACCUGCGCGGUCGGCGCGUGCUGCGACACCGCGACAUGCCGACCGAAAUCGGCGGGCACAGUGUGCCGGUCCGCGGACAAGGAGUGCGACCUGCCGGAGUACUGCACGGGGCACUCGGAGUUCUGUCCGAACGACGUGUUCAAGAUGGACGGCACGCCGUGCUCCAACGACCAGGCGUACUGCGUGCGCGGCGCGUGCCGCACGCACAAGGACCAGUGCCUGCUGCUGUGGGGCUCCACCGCGGACAGCUCCGACACCAGGUGCUACACUUCCAUGAACGUGAAGGGUGAUAAAAACGGCAACUGCGGCUACGCGCGCUCCGACGCGUCCGUGUACUACAAGUGCCAGCCGGCGCACGCGCUGUGCGGCCUGCUGCAGUGCCGCCAUCUCAACGAGCGGCUCGAGUUCGGCAUGGAGUCGGUGGCUUGGUUGUCGGCCACUUUUAUUAAUAAUAAUGGUACGAUAAUACCGUGUCGCACGGCGAUGGUCGACUUGGGGCUGAGCGACGUGGACCCCGGGAUGGUGCCGGAUGGGGCUAAAUGUGGAAAUAAUAUGAUGUGUCUGAACACGAGGUGCGUGCCGGUGCAAUCUGUGAUAGACAAAGUGGCGCAAAAGGAAACCGCCGUGUGCCCGUCCAACUGCUCGGGCCACGGCGUGUGCAAUUCGGAAGGUCACUGCCACUGCGAGUCGGGCUUCGCCCCCCCGCUGUGCGCGCUGCCCGGCGCCGGGGGCUCCGUUGAUUCCGGACCCGCUACUGAUUCUACGCUGCAACGUAACUUCAUGGUGGCGAUGUACGUCAUAUUCCUUGGGAUCCUGCCGUCGAUCCUGCUGCUGCUGUUCCUCGUGUACUACAGCAGGCACAACGUCCAGCUGUGGUGGAAACGACCGAGGAAAACGAUUCCAUCUCCCAAGAAAUCGAGUUUACAACGACGUCUCUCCAGGAGCGCGAGUAAAUUCGCUUCAAACUUCCAGAACAACGCGCCAAAUAACGCGCAAGCUGUCAGUGUUCACACGCUGUCUAACCCUGACGAUAUGAGCUCAAGUCUCUUGCGAAGCGACAGCGAGCACAGCCCAUCCGGCAAUGUUAACCCGUCAGUUAACUUCUUCGGCAACUUCAAGGGCUUCUCUCUAACGCCAAUGGACAAAAACGCCCCGCCAGCAGACAGUGACCUGCCGAAAGAGACCAAACCGGACACGAAAAGCGCAAAAAUAACACCCGUUCACAGAAGCGGCAGCAACAGCCAGAGCGUGGGUCAAUUGAAACCGGUGCUACGAUCCGCGCCACCACUGCCAGUGGUGCCGACAACAACCAAAACCAGCCCCAAAACUAGUCCGUCUAUUAAACGCACCAAUAGUUCAGUCCAGAAUCGUAUCAAAGCUCUUAUGAACGCAGAGAAGGCAGAGGAAAUGCCUGUCACCGCUAAUCCUGCGCCCAGACCAGUCAUCUCGAGUCCCAUUCUAGAAGCUUCGACAUGUACAGCGAAAGAGUUAAUAUCUCCGCUGCAGGGAUCAAAAACAUUGGGGCCAAUACGCGCGGCCCCAACUGCGCCGACGAUCACACCAGAUUUACCGAAACGCCCGCUGAGCAUGUGUUCCGCCGGCAACGUCCCACAAAAGCCGCUCCCAGAGGAACCGAAGAAAGUCAAAGAAGGAAUAUCUUUGAAUCGUAUCGCAUCUUUCCUCAAACACGACAAGCCGAAGGAAAAAGAACGAAAUCCCGUUGAGCGAAGCCAUUCUUUGCCGAAAAAUCAGAACCACCAAAUCAAAGUGCCCAAAGCGGCCGAUAAGGUCGCGUUGCGAAACUUGCAGAUAUCAAAUCCUAUACUACAAAAAGCUAUCGAUAUACCGAUCAGCACUGUGCCCGUUGUGUCGGAUUCUGAAGACAACGACGAUACUAAAACGUUUGUGAAUAGAGCUCAAAGUAUGCGCGUGCCUCAUGUACAGAAACCCUUGCAAACGUUCGGCUCGAUGAGACAGGCGCCCGGUGUGACGCGGCCCUUAUCUGGCGUGGGCAGACCGACUGCGCCUCCACCGCCUCUACCGAGCCAACCUGCCGCUACUGAAAAGGAAACUUCUAUUUAUCAAAGUCCAAAACAGACUGAAAUCAAGUCGACGGAUUACGUUGACUGCAUUGAAGAAAAGCCAGCUCCAUUAGCUCAUAUAGACGAAGAGUCCGGCGAUAAUAUUUACGCGAUAAUUGAAGAGAGUCCAGAGAAGCACGCCAAAGCGUUCCCUGGCGUGUCCCUGCCCAUCAAAACGGCUCCCCAGCCGCCGCCCGAAGGGUACAACACUCCUAAACCCAUCACUUCUAAUUCCGGAAGUACAGAAAGCAUGGGUCUACUCGGAGAAAUUGUUAAUGAAAUACAGAACCGCAACUUUGACUCGAUCUAUUCGACGUCGACGCUCGCGAGGAAAAAGGAAAAAGAGCGUAGAAAGGCUGAACAAAACAGAGACAGCACGUACAUGAAUACAGACUAUAAGAGUCCAGAGAGCGUUUACAGCAACUCCGGCGCCAAAUCCUCCGCGUCCACCACGAGCAGUGGAUAUUUGCAUCCCUCAGCAGUGAACAUACCGACUCACAUGCAAAAUGAUGAGAAAGAAAUAGAAAAACCACCAUCACCGUCGCUUAAAGCCAACUCGAAAAUACCGACAUUUUCGAGACAGGUCACCCCGCCCGGCUUAAGAACUACGAGCACGUUCAAAAAUGUACCGCCAUCUCCUAAAACAGCCACGAAAAAUAUCAACACUGUAAAAGCGAUAUCGAACAGUCCCGACCUCGUGUCGAGUUGUGCGGUAGCCGAAACAAAGAAUAUCAAAGCGCCCGACGUCAUUAAUAAUAAUAAACCAGCCGAUCCACCAAAAGUCGCAACGAAACCUAAUACAACCAAGCAGAACGACAAUCGACCACCGUUAAAACCGGCCAUUGAUAAGAAGCCGGCAGCGAGCAAACAGACCGUAUUAAAACCAGUUAAUUCUGCGACGAAUUUAAAUAAAACGGACAAACCGAUAAAUCGCCUUAAUUCUAAAAACGAUUCUAAUGUGAAAGCGAUUGCGGAUAGUUUAAAUAAAAAUAAACCCAAAGUCGUUCCCAAACCGACUACAUUAGUACAACGGACUGACUCCAAUGUGAAGACGAAUGCAACGAAACUAACCUCAAAACCCUCCAAUGUUGCCAGUUUACAACAGAAAUUUGAAAAUAGAAAAUCAUUAGGUAAGGAAAUAACCACGGGGAAGAAAUAGCAUUAUUUACUAUAUUUAGUACACUAGAAUAUCUUAAUUUAAAACAUGAAUACGACAAACGAUCUGAUAUACUCGUCAAAAUUUAAAUUAGGAAUUAACAAUAAGGUAACAGUUUAAAUUUAAAGACUGUAUUGUGAUCGAAAAUAUAAAUCGUGCUAGCUAAUAAAUAAAAAUUGUUGAAAGAAUAGCAGCUAUUUGACUUAGCUAUUUAUGUAGAUUUCUAGUCCAGUGUUUGAAAAGGUCAUUAAAUAAUAAUUUUUUUUUCAUUUAACCUGUAUGGGCGAGGGUUACUUUUCAUUAUUUUUACGAUUUUCAAGAAGAUCGAUGUUAUUCCGUUGUAAAAAAAAUUGUGUGCGUUUUGCCCACAGAAUAAAUGCUUAUAUGCAUCCACUAUUAUAAGAAAUAAACAAAUAUGAACCUUGAAUCUUCGUCAUAGAGAUUAUAUUUAGUUUGUUUAAAUUGAAAGUGUUCAUAUUUUGAUAUGACGUGGUUUAAGCUAAAUACUGAAUAAGACAAUGUACAUAUUAUUUGUGUUAUAUUAUUUUUUUCAUACAUUAGAAGAAAAAAUUAAUAUAACUAUUAAGUUAUGGAUCUCUGUAAAUAUUCCUUUAGUUAUUAAUUAACGAAAUGUGAAGUGUCUUAAUCGAUUAGUAAUAAUUUGUAUUUUUAUAGCUGCGUGAUUGUGCUAAAAAAAAUUAUAAUAUAUAAAUACAGUAAGUAUGUACUGGUGCUAGCGGAAAAUUCAAGUGACUCAAUUUAUUAACAACUGAUUUAGUGGAAUUCAUAUAUAAUAUAUAUUUACAAAGAAAUAUUAAUCAGAUAAUAGAACAUUAUUUUCCCUAUAUACAAACAAUUUUAGUCUUCAUCAAUAGCUUUUAUGAGUCACUUGUUUAGAUUAUAUUCAUUAUAGAUAGCCUAGCUUAAAUGAAAAUAUUAUUAAAAGGGCGCUUACAUGCUAAAGAUAAUUCGGCUUACAAAUAUAUUACAGAAUUAUUUAUAUGACGCGUGAAAAUUGAAAGAUACUCAAUUGCAAUAUAUUUAAACGCAAAAAAUGUAUGUGCAAUCAAAACAUAAUAUAAGAAAAAUAAGAAAUUUACAGUGACAUAAUAUUUCUAAUUAAUAUAAUAUAUUAAUAUUGCCAUAUACAAUAACAUUGUCUGUAAGCGCUCUUCAACUACUUAAAAGUCAUUCGUCCAUAAUGUUGAAUCCACUGCCAGUGUACAAAUUUGGUGCUGACUUCGUAAACGCAAUAGAGAUUAUAUUGAAUGGACAACAUGUAAGUUGUGUUUUAUCAAAUCUUGUACGGUACGGCAAAUAUACGAUAUUUUUAUCGAACCAGUGUUGCCAGCAAUAAGAUUCGAAACUACCCGCUUUUGUGCACGUUUUACGCGUGUUAUAAGAAAUGUAAUUAUGUCGUUAGUACGGUUUCCUUUUAUUUAUUUUACAUUGGUUUUUUACGGAUAAGUAAUGGUUCUUGUAAAGAAUUUCUCAAUGUAAGCUCCAGCCUACAGUGGCAACAAUUAUUUCACUUCUUCUUGUGUCUAUUAGAAUUUUAUUUCGAGUUCAUUUCUUUCAUUCGUAUGAAUAAAACAAAAUAAAAAUUAAUGAGGGAAGGUUUUUCACAUUAUUCGGUAAAUUUAUGAUAUUUAAUUUAUUUUUAAAAUAUUUCGCAAAUUUCUCUCUAUAUUUUCAUAAAUCAUGCUUUGUGUACGUCAGAUAAUUUGAAUCUUUGAAAACUUUGGUAAAAAGAAUAACACAUACCUCAUCAAAAUACGAAAAUAUUAGAUUUCAUUUAGGCAUAUAUUGGAAUGUGAUACAGUUGCAAAUUAAUACAAUUGCUUAUGAAUAUUAUUAUUAUUACAUUAUAAUAUAUUAAUGAUAAUAUAAGAAUAAUAUCAUAUUUUUAUAAUUAUUUCGACCACUCGAACAAUUCAAUGGUGAUGUGAUUAUAAUGAGUUAUUGGUUGUAUUCGAAUAAUGAUGUGAUUGUUAAUUCUUUUUGCAAUCACAAAACUUUGUUUAUAAUUAGUCUAAAGAAAUUUUUGUACAUUUUUAUUUUAAUUUAUAAUAAGUUGCGUAAAGUACAUAUUUGUAAAUACAACCAAAGAAAUUGUAUUUAAGAGUGUUUUUGAUUUAUCAUUGUGUGUGAAAAUGGGAAUGUAUUAUUUUCAUAAAGACUGUAAUUUCGCACCUUUUGUCACUAAAUAGUGACGCAGUUUCAAUUAGCUUCGAAAGAAAUGUUUAGUUCAACGAAUUAAAUGAUUUAUCAAUGCCUA